AUGCCAACAGUCCUCCUUCGCCCCUUGCCUCCUUCUCCUCUAGCCAACUACAACUACGACUUAGAUUCUUUCCCUUUCCACGGUCGCCUCGCCGGUUUGAAGACGCCUUAUUUAUUGGAAAAUAUGCUUUCCAUCCUCCCCAUCACAGCAAUCAUAUUGCUGACCCAAAAUGUGGCGGUUGACAUUCUCGGCACCGCCGCGUACCGAGCACCGCAGACGCAGACCUCGUCAUGGCAAACGCCCCUCAACCUCUUUGUCUGCUAUCGCCAGAUACAGACAUCGCUUGCCAUCAUGGUGCUAUUGGCCACCUUCAUCUCAGGUUAUGCAGAGAAAGUGAGCAUCUUGAUGUUGGUGGGAGCCAUGCUCUUGUGUGAAGCAUCCGCCGAGCUCAUUUGCCUGUACUUCUUGCUUCGACACCACUUCUUCCGGAGGGAGACGGCCAUUUGUUGGCUCUUCACCUUGGUGUGGGCUCUUUCCUUUGGCAUCGCUGCUCCCUUGUCCCAGAGAUUUCAGUUGACGCCAUUUUGCCUCUGCUCCGUCGUGUCCCAGAUUCUACAGAUUGUCAUCUGGAGCUACCUCUACAAGCACGUCUUCAUUGCCGGAUACCCUCUCCUCAAGAGCACCGAGCUCGGACGAUACCACUGCCUGUGGGGACAGGGAAGGGCUUUCUUUGUCCUCGCUCUGUCCAUCGCAUUGGCGGUGCUGUCGGCCUUUUCAUCGCACCAUCAGCCGCUAUAUGCCAUUGUCUGCGGGAACCUCAUCAUCCUCGUCCCGACCCCCAAGACAUUUGUGAGAUACAAUCGCUCCAAGCGGCGGACCAGGUUCAACAUGGAACAACAACUCGAGGACAGCACCAAUCCAAGUAAGAGCGCUGUGGGCAGCUCCUCGAUCGAGGAGCUCGAGGGAAAAAAGCUGGCCGUCGUUGGUGGCUCCUCGAUUGAGGAAGUCGUUGCACACUCAAAGAGACAGGCACAGAAGUUGUCCACAUGCACCAUCUCGACAACCAUGGUCCAAAAAGACGGGCACACGUUCCACUAUAGCCAUGAGGAGCAGCGCUACCUCUAUCUCAUGCAAGAUCCUGGAGAAUUAUGCAAACUUCAAGACAUCCGUCACCGCACCCCAUGGCCCGUCAUCUGUCCACCUGAGCAGUGCACUGCCGACGAAUUCAUGCAACUUGCUCAAAGCUGGCCUCUGGAGCACCCAUAUAUGCGCGGCACACCAUCUCUCUACGACAUCUUCCGCGACAUCUUCAACGCCGAACUGCAGAGGAACAUCACCGACUUCCAACAAAAGGUUGCGUGUGACAAAUGCCUGGACCGCAAGUGCUUUGCACAGUAUCGUCUGAUGUUCCUGCUGUUACUCAACGAGGUCGGAUCAAAGAUGCGCGUUCGCUUCGAUGAGCACGGCGACAUCUCGGCGCAAGGGACAACCAUCAUCGACCUUUGGCUCACCGGUGUUCAAUUCGAGUCGUCGUCAACGGUUCGCAUUACGUUCGACACCAAUAUCAAUCAAAAAACAGUCGACGUUGGAUUGCAUGACCUUUGGAAGUUGAAUUCAUUCGGCAUAUACCUGACCGUCCCCCCCAUUGUUGCUCACAUUCUCCCCUCAUGGAACGAAUACCCUGCUGGCGGCAACUGGAGCGGGACGUGGAUUUAG